AUGCCCUUCAAAAUCAUAAUCGUAGGUGCCGGUAUCGCAGGUCUCUGUGCUGCUAUCGGUCUCGCACAGCAGGGCCACGACGUCACCAUCCUUGAGUCUGCUAAAGAACUGACGCCCAUUGGUGUCGGGAUCCAUAUUCCGCCCAACGCGACUCUUGUACUCAAACACUUCGGCAUCCUUGAAAGAAUGACUGACGAUGCCAUUCAUCCUACCAAAUUUGUCUUUCGUAGGUGGAAUGACAACAAGGUCAUCGCAGCUGCACAGGCAGGAAAGCAGCAGCAAGGGACGCCGCCAUAUUGGAGCAUGCGUCGAUCUCAUUAUCAACGGCAUCUAUAUGAUGCCAUGAUCGAGGCUGGAGCAAAGCUUCGACUGAAUGCCCGCGUCGAGACUGUCAACGAGAAGGAACCGUCCGUAGCUUUGGUAGGGGGUGAAGUGCUGACAGCCGAUCUUGUGGUUCUAUCGGAUGGCAUCAAAUCCAGAUUGAGGAACGACAUCAUUCCUGAGGAGAACACCUCCAUGAACCUCAACCCCCUGUCAGCCUUUAGGGCCUAUGUUCACCACGACGAUCUUAUGUCAGACCCUAUUACAGCUCCUAUCUUCAAGGACACUGCUACGAAUAUCUGGGCCGGCUACAAUCGCCAUGUCAUCAUUUACCCGUGCGGAGGCGGCAUGUACACCCUCGGCGCCACGCAUCCCGCCAACCACAACGAGAACGGAGACCAGGCCAUGGAAUGGAGCCGCGCCGCCACUGUAAGCCAAGCUGAGGAGGAAUAUCAAGAAUGGAAUCCCAUCGUCAAGCGUAUCCUGCAUCACACGAAGGAAGUCGGCAAGUGGAGGCUGGCCGAAGUCCCUCGACUUCCACGAUGGACAAGCAAGUCUGGCCGCGUUGUCUUGAUGGGAGAUAACGCGCAUGCCAUGCUCCAAUUCCUGGCCCAAGGCGCAGCAAUGGCCACCGAAGAUGCAGGUUCUCUCUCAGUAGCUGUCGGCUACGCCAAAUCCGCCGAGGACCUCCCACGUGUUCUGAAGGCUUAUGAGAGGGCGCGAAAAUGGCGCUGUGAAGCCGUCUCGGCCCAAGCCAGGCGGAACGGCGACAUGAUUCACAUGCCUGACGGUGAAGAACAGGAAAAUCGCGACAGAGAGAUGUCCCAGCUGGCUCAAACAGGCGUAUGGAAGGCUGAUACAGGGCCAAUGUUUGAUGCCGAAUUCAGGGACUUUUUGUACAACCACAACGUUAUCGAACAUACGAAAAUGGUACUUGACAGCGCGACUUGA